AUGGGAGGUGACGGUGCUGUUGCGGAUUCCGCAUCGGAAUCGAUGACCGGUGUUGAAGGUGUUAACAUCAACGUUCGAUGCUCCAACGGUUCAAAGUAUUCCGUUCAAGUUUCUCUCGAUUCGACGGUUGGAUCGUUCAAGGAUCUCAUUGCGAGGAGCUGUGAUAUCCCCGCACAGCAACAACGGCUCAUUUACAAGGGGAGGAUAUUGAAGGACGAUCAAACGCUCCAAAGCUACGGUUUGGAGGCAGAUCAUGCUGUCCAUUUGGUUCGUAGCUUUGCACCUGCCAACACGAGUGGUGGGGUUGGGACGAAUAGUAGUGGCACCAAUACCACAGCGACUGAUGCCAGAGGUGCUGGAGCUCCUGAUGUUGGGGGUGCAGGAGGGCUUGGUUUUGGAGCUUCACUGUUCCCUGGUUUAGGUACCAAUGGUACUGGAGGGAAUGGCUUAUUCGGCGAGGGAUUUCCAGAUCUUGAACAAAUGCAGCAACCAUUUAUUUCAAACCCCAAUUUAAUGAGAGAAUUAAUGAACACACCUGCUAUGCAGAAUCUAGUAAGUAAUCCUGAGAUAGUGCGGAAUCUUAUAAUGAACAACCCACAGAUGCAAGAGCUCAUGGAUCGGAACCCUGAGCUAGCUCACAUACUUAAUGAUCCCAGCACUCUCCGCCAGACCCUUGAAGCUACAAGGAAUCCUGAGAUCAUGCGUGAAAUGAUGAGAAAUACUGACAGGGCUAUGAGUAACAUUGAAUCAUCUCCUGAGGGAUUCAAUAUGCUAAGGCGCAUGUAUGAAAACGUUCAAGAACCAUUUUUAAAUGCCACUACAAUGGCGGGUAAUGCAGCAACUCGAGGUGGCCUAGCAAGAGACCAAUCAACUAAUCCCUCAACCACUAGUUCUGAAACAACUGCUGGCUCUACCAUACCCAAUGCUAACCCACUUCCUAAUCCUUGGUCCUCUACCGGAACUGGAGCUCCUCAAAAUAACACCAGAAGAUCAACUACUGGCGUGGAUGCUAGGCAGCAAGCACCUACUGGCUUAGGAGGGCUUGGCUUACCUGGCCUCGAGGGCAUGCUGGGUGGCAGUGGUAUGCCAGAUCCUGCUUUAUUAACCCAAUUAAUGCAAAAUCCAGCUAUCUCACAAAUGAUGCAAAGUAUGCUCUCCAACCCACAAACUUUGAGUCAGAUUCUUGGUGCUGCUAAUACUGAACAACGUGGAGGCAUGCCUGAUAUGAAUUCUCUUAGAGAUGUGAUGCGAAAUCCAGAGUUCCUUCGUUUGUUUUCAUCACCCGAGACAUUGCAGCAACUCAUGUCUUUCCAGCAAGCCCUUCUGUCUCAGCAAGGUCAGCAACAAUCAACAAGGGAAUCAGGUCAAACUGGUGGAGGGACUGGACCUUUUAACAACAUGGGGCUGGAGAUGUUAUCCAGCAUGUUUGGUGGACUUGGAGCUGGUAGCCUAUCUGUUCCAAAUAGAUCAAAUGAGCCGCCAGAGCAAUUGUAUGCCACCCAGCUUACACAACUUCAAGAGAUGGGGUUCUACGACACACAAGAGAACAUUAGGGCUCUCGUUGCCACUUCAGGGAAUGUUCAUGCAGCCGUUGAACACCUUUUGGGGAGUUCUGGUCGGUAG